GCCGGUGCCGCGGCCAUGGCGCGGGUGCUGGUGCUGGGCGCGGGGCUGACGGGCGCGGCGGGCGCGGCGCUGCUGCGCGGGGGCCCCGCGGGACAAGUGGCCGUGUGGGACAAGGCGCGGGGCGCAGGGGGCCGCAUGAGCACCACCCGCUCCGACCACGGCAGCGCCGACCUGGGCGCGCAGUUCGUCACCUGCGAGCCGGAGCUGGCGGGGCCGCGGCUCAGCUUCUACGAGGAGCUUGUCACUCAGGGCGUCCUGGAGCCGCUGACCGCUCCCGUGGAAGGAAUGGUGGUGAGAGAAGGCUCCCGCAAUUUCGUGGCCCCCCAGGGCAUCUCCUCGGUUGUCAAGUUCUAUUUGGAGCAGUCAGGUGCAGAGGUGUCCUAUGAGCAGCACGUCACUCACAUCUCCCUGCGGGAUGGCAGGUGGGAAGUCUCCAGGAAAGCUGGGCCCCCGGAGCACUUUGACGUGGUGAUUCUCACCAUGCCUGUCCCACAGAUUCUCCAGCUGCAAGGUGACAUUGGGAACAUAAUUAAUGAAAGUCAAAAGCAGCAACUGGAAUCCGUGAGCUACUCAUCCCGCUACGCCCUGGGACUGUUUUAUGAGGCUGGGACAGGGAUUGGUGUCCCCUGGGCUGCUCAGUACAUCACCGAUAAUCCCUGCAUACGCUUCAUCUCCAUCGAUAACAAGAAGCGCAAUAUAGAGUCUCCUGAAAUUGGGCCCUCAGUCGUGGUGCACACCACUGUGACCUUUGGAAGCGAGCACCUGGACUCAGACCCCGCGGAGGUGCAGCAGAUCAUUCUCAGCCACCUGCAGAGGAUUGUGCCCUCCCUGCCUAAGCCAAGCAGCAUCAAGUGCCAGAGAUGGAGAUACUCCCAGGUGGCACCUCCAGGAUCAGCCCCACGGGGCACGGAGCAGCCCCUUUGCCGAGGAGGAGGAGGAGGGAGAGUGACUGGCUUCAUUUUCAAGAAGAUCCAAGCAAAAUGUCUCCCCUGGAGGAUCCGUGAAUGCCUCGUACAGGCAAUAAAUGGAGAUUCUUCCUGACCACAAACACCACCUGUAACUUUUGCUUGUUGUAGCUGUGACCAGAUGCUGGCACUCUGUGUGCCCCUGGAAAUCAGGCACUCUCCUCUUCCCAGCCUCUCCAAGACCCUCAGCACUCUGACUCACCGUGAAGCGGAGGAGGGGAAAAAAGGAAUGGGAAGAACUCAAGGCAACUGCUCGUAGUGUUUUAUUUCUCCUGGAUGCAGUGAAAGGGAAAGAGAACUUUGGGACUGAAGACAAUAGAUAUCUAACAGUGAUGCUGAGGUGUUAUUUCUCCUUGGAUUUUUCUGUUCCUCCUUUUCAGCAAGCAGGAGUCUGUGGUUUUGGUUCAAGCCACUGUUGGGAGGAGCUCUGAAAGCCAAACAACUGAAGGUAGAAAUAAAAGGCGGAGGUGAAGGUUUCUUUGGAAACCAAAGCAAUCUCUCUAGAUUUCAGCUCUCAAAAAUUUGCCAGAGCUCAAAGCACAAGAGGUAGGUUUUUUUUUUCUGCAAGGCUGUGUCCACAAAUAUCCCAAACACACACCUGAAAGUAAAGAUCAGUGAAAGAUCAUCUCGUUCUAAACCCCUGCUGUGAACAGGAACCCCUUCCAAUAAACCAUCCAACCUGGCCUUGAGCACUGCCAGGGAUCCAGGGGCAGCCACAGCUGCUCUGGGCACCCUGUGCCAGGGCCUCAGCACCCCCACAGGGAAGGAUUUUUUUUCAAAUUUCAACUCUAAACCUCCCCUCUUCCAGUGUGAAGCUGCACCUCCUUGUCCUAUUACUACACAUUCUUGUGAAUAGUUGUGUGGUCUCUACUCCUGACAGCCCAAACCAUGAGCUGCUGAUCCUUCAGGUGUGACUUGGGUUGGCACAAACCCCUGGG